CAGGGAUUGGCCGCGCUGCCAGCCCGCUGACACGUGCCGGUGCCAAAUCUCGAGCCCGUUGCGCGGAUUGACUGGCUGCGGACGCUCUGCAAUUUCUCGCGCCUGGCCGGUGGUGGUUUCAGCACCGGCACAAGCGCGACAGGCGCCGUCCAACUCAGCGACAGAGCGACUUGGGUGCGGUUGACGGCUCCCGCGCGGUAGCGUGCGUCAUACGGUGCCGAGCCCUACCCGCUAUCACCCACCCGCUGCUCCACGUCCACCACCACGCGCAGUCCCCAAUCGUACAGCCAGCUCGAGAGCUCGCACAGAAGACUAGCAGCACUACUGCGACCCGCUAUCCCGGUCCGCUGCCGCGACAGCGCGCACCGUUCUGAGUCUCCCACCCCGCUGCCUAGCAAUCAUGAAUAUUGUAGAAUGGGCAUUCGGGAAGCGCAUGACGCCGGCGGAGCGUCUGCGCAAGCACCAGCGCGCGCUCGAGAAGACACAGCGAGAGCUCGACCGCGAGCGCGUGAAGCUCGAGAACCAGGAGAAGAAGCUCGUGGCCGACAUCAAGAAGAGCGCCAAGAACGGCCAGAUGGGACCGCUGCGCAUACAGGCCAAGGAUCUGGUGCGCACAAGGCGAUACAUCCAGAAGUUCUACCAGAUGAGGACACAGCUGCAGGCCAUCUCGCUGCGGAUACAGACCGUCCGCAGUAACGAGCAGAUGAUGCAGUCUAUGAAGGGAGCGACCACAUUACUAGGAAGCAUGAACAGGCAGAUGAACCUGCCGGCCCUGCAGCGCAUAGCCAUGGAGUUCGAGAAGGAGAACGACAUCAUGGACCAGCGCCAGGAGAUGAUGGACGACGCCAUCGACGAUGCCACUGGCAUGGAGGACGAAGAGGAGAGUGAGGACGUCGUGAACCAGGUCUUGGACGAAAUCGGCAUCGACCUCGGCCAAGCUAUGGGAGAGACGCCGAGCGGUCUUCAGAAGGCCGCCGUGCCCGAGGGCAGAGUGGCGCAGGCAGUAGGCGGCGGUGCAGACCCCGAUGACGACGACCUCCAGGCACGACUGGACAGCCUGAGGAGAUGAGGCGGAGUGUGGCCGUUAUCCCAUCUUUGAGCUGAUUCUGCCUGCACCGGUCAAGGUGGCAGCAACGUGCUUGUCGCCCGGUUUGAAUUACAGCAUGGUCAGGUGCAGAACAAUGUCUCGUUUGUGUCAAUGUUGAUAUCGAGGCUGCUCCUGCGCUGCU